CAGGUCGGAAAUGGCUACUCAGAAUGGUUUAACAGAGGGGCUGGAUAGUGACAGUGAAGAUGAGAUUUUUUUUGGACCAGUGAGUGCCAAAGAAAAAAUGAUUGCUACUCCACUUCAGAACCGGCGAACAGAGAUUUUUUUACCAGAGAGAUUCAACUUCUACCAGCAUUCAUCAGUGUCAUUAUCUGAAGAAGAUGACUACAGAAUAUCUGAUUCUGAUAUGUUAUUUCAAGCAUUGUCAAGUGCAGAUUCAGGUGACAUGACUGAGAAUGAAAUCAGUCACUCCAAAGAAUUGUCACAGGAGGAAAGAGAAAUCAUUUGCACUGACAUUUCAUCUUCAUUGUUUGGAAGUAUGCAAGGCAGCAAUGUGAAAACAGAUGCUGAUGAUUCUAUGAAAGUUUUGUUCACUGAUGAUUCCAAAAAUGAUGAAUUUGAUGACGUAACAGAUAAUACAAUGGGAUCUAUUCAAAAUGUUCUUUGUGUUAAGAGUGAUAACUGUGCAGAGCCUUCCACUGUAAUCUCAGAAAUGCACAUAGGUGAUACAGGCAUUGUAGUAUCAUGGCCUAUAUAUCCACAGACAUUUGAUGGUGAAGCAAAAUUUGAGGAAUCUAUUGGAAGAAUUUCAACCACCAAUACAGGAGAAGCUUUUCAUACAAACAUCUUGGAACAGCUGAGAGACGGUAGUGACGCUGUAACUUUACAGCCUGAAUGUAUUCAGGAUUGCCUAGAAAUGAAAGGAGUGUCUGAAAUCAACAGUGAUGUUGUAAAUUACAAGGAAACUAGGGAGAAAGAAAAUAUAAACCCUAAAUUGCAAGGUUUUAUAUCAUGUGUGCCUGAACAACAAAUUACACUUGAUGUUACUGAAGGAACCAGUGUAACUGCAAAUUCCCUGGAAAAAGAUUCUUCCACUUGUGCAUCUGAAUACAGAAAUACUGAAGCAAGAGUUAUAACAGAAAUGGAAAGGGAAUUGAUUUCAUGUAUGUCUGAACAGCAAAUUAAUCCUGAUGAUAUUGAAGGAUCAGGUAUGACUGCAGACUUGGAAAGAUAUUCACAUAUAGACAUACCUGAAGAGCAGAUGAAUCCACAUCUUACUGAGGGAACAGAUAUGAUUGCAGGCAGGGAAGGAGAUUCUCUUAUGUGUGUGUCUGAACACCAGAUUAAUACUAGUGAGACUCCAGAAGCAGGUAUGGUUGUAGACUCGAUAUGCAGCUUAGAAAAAAUUACUCUCGAUUGUUCCUCUGAAAGCCAAACAAAGAACGUUGUAAUAUCACACUUACUAAGUACUGAGAAUGAUCAGGAACAUGUAAAUAAUGAAAGGAAAAGUGACAAAAUAUCAUGUAACAGAGAUUCUGAAUUUGAGAAUGGUGAUGCUGAAGGAGUAAUUAAAGAGGAAAAUGCAAUGAAAGUAUUGUCCUUGGAUGAAGUAAAAAAUCGUUCUUUCUCAUGUGAGCCUACGGAAGAAGUAAACAGUAUUUCAGCAUCGCACACAGAGAAUGGCAUUGGAAGUGUGACAAAAGGAGCUGCAGAGGAAACAGAGCAACAAGCUGAUCAUUGUGAUAUAUCAGGAACACACACAGUCUUCACAUAUGAUGUGAUAUUGAAUGCCGAGGAAAAGAAAACUCUUCUACAAAAUAAGUCAAGAGAAUGUUUUAACAUAUCUGAACAACAUAGCAUGUUAGGCGAAAUAGGUAAGUCACAAGAUUUGACUUCAGAAGAUACAUCUGUGUUAAGUGGUAGCCAUAAGGAUUUUAAUAUGUCAGCAGAAGAAUUAUGUUCCUCAGACCCUCAAAAUCAGUACAGCCAAUCAAGGCAAGUUGAUUCCAGUACAGAGAGUUGUGGGAUCGCUAAUAAGGGACUCAUUUUGUCUCAGACUCCAGACUUGGACUCCUGUUCAUCAUCAUCAUCAUCAAGUGCUUGUUACUUGAAUGACCUUGGCAAAGAAAAAAUGCCAGGUACUUGUGAAAAAAUAUCUUUUACGUCUGUUUUAUCCUCUGAUUCACAGGAUGUUGCAAUUUCUCAUCCAGAAUUACCCAUGCAGAAUUCAUAUUUUUUAAGGGAGGGGCAAGUGGUCAAUAAGGAAAUUAUUACUGAAAGCUAUUUGGAAGACAGUCUUAGUAAAUUAGACUCUCUGGAAAUAAAUGAUAGUGAAAGUGACAGGGAAAUAAAUGAUGGUGAAAGUGACAGUGAAAGUAAGUCUCCAGGUAGGCAGUUUAAUGAUACAAUUGAAGAAGUGGAAAUGUUUCUUAAAUAUGGACCAAGUUAUGGAGAGGAAGUGAAGACAGGUAAAGUUUACGGAGCAGAAUCGCCAGCUAAUCCUGUAACAAGUAAAGAUUUUUGUGAUGAUGGAAUUGCUGACAAACAGGAUGAGUCAGUAAUUGGUCCUCGAAAGUCUAGUGUUUCAAGUUUAGUUUCUAACUUUAAUCCUGAAAUUAACUCUACUCAUGAUCCAUUUUUGAAAAAUCAGAUGUCAGAUCAUUCUGAUAAAAGUUGUGCAGGGAUUCCAGAUGUUAAACAAAAAAGUGAACUAGUAUUUCAAAGUCCAUCAAAGUCAGUGCCACCACCAAAGCCCCCUAGAAAUAUAAAUUUGGUUUGUGAAAGUCCCAAAAAAUCUCCACUAAAAACUUCACUGAAAGAUUCCCAUGUCAAGUUCUCUUCAAAACUGUUAUCGGUGCAAAAACCUGCAAAGAGAGACGUGUGUGUGAUAUCAAAGGAAGUUUCCAGCAAUUCCAACCCUGUAACCCCAAGACCAACUGUUGAUGUUAGAACCCCAAGUUCAAAUCCAAUAAAGAUGUCUAGGACACAUUUUUCUUCGCCCAAGAAUAACCCAAGAAUAGUUAAAACUCCUGGUGUUACACCAAAAUGCAGUGUUAAAAGGCUAGUCAGUGCACCUAACACAGUAACUGGUGCAACUCGAUCAGUAUCAAUGAUAAAUUCUAAAGAAAAAAUUAUUCAGACAAGGACACCAGGCACUUUGCAUCUGAACAGAGCAGUGUCCAAGCAAGGCAUCCAUUCAGCGCAACGGAAAGUCACUUAUGGUUUAUUAGAAAAACCUGUUAGGUCUGGAUUACCUCCUUGCCCUACACCAAGUCGAACUCCAAGAGCCAUGAAAAGUGAAAAGGGCCUUUUGGUGACAAAACAUUUAAGGCACGGAGGCCUAGACAUUGUGAGUCCUGUAGCCCGGUACUUGAGAGAAAAUCCUCCCCCAUCUCUAAUAGUUAAUGUGAAACCACGCCACAAGCUUCAAGGAGAAGGUGAAAAGGCAUCGUUCAACCCUAAUGUUAAGGUAUCAUCUAAAGCAGGUAAAGAUGAUAGAGGUAAAAUAAAAGCUGGAAAGCUUGUUACUCCCGUUCUUCCAACAACUGUGUAUUCAUCUGCUGUCCCUGUUCUGCUGGAUGAUGCCGAGAAUAAAGAGAAUGAGCGACAAAGACGUUGUCAGGAAAUAGCAUCGAGGACACAGCCAGCAUAUGUCAUCAAACAUAAAGGUCGUGUUAAAGUACCAAAGGCAUGUGUUGGUGAUGAAACUGAGGGUUCAUCUCCAAAGAGAAUUGAUAAAAUUCAGAGAGAUUUGAAAUCUGUCGCUAAUUCUCCCCGUCAAGUUACAUCUUUGCGAGGGUCUCUCAUGGAAGUGUCAAUAUAUGAAUCGCAUAAAACUCAGUACUCAAACACUCUGAAAUGAAUGUGCUGAAGAGAGAGAGCAAAAAUCUAUAUACCCAAACAGUGAAGAGGAUGGUUGGUUUUCACCAGUGGAUCCACAGGAUGUAUGCAUGAAUGGUCACUCUUCCAUGUGGAAAAACACUGUGGGGACAUUAGAGACUGUACUUGUGGAUAGUGCUGCUUAAGUGUAUAAAAAGCUUGUUUUGGUCUAAAUACUUUUUAAAAUGUUCAGAUGACAGGCAAUGUGACCUAUCAAGCAGUGAAUAGUUCAUAUUUCCAGUAUAAUACAGAUGCACAACAUAUAGUGAUAGUAAUAGUUGAAAAACACUAGUAAUGAUGUUGGGUAAGGAUAUGUAUAUGAGAAAAUGACAUUUAGCCAAAGGAAAAAAAAAUAUUCUUGAUAUAACAAUUAUCACCGAUUCACUGAAAACAGAAUCACAAUACAAUUACAUAAUCCUUGCUCACUCAUUUUGCUCUCAAGCAUCUCGGUUUAGUGUUUGAUACCCAUGUGCACUCCGUUGUAGCCGCAUGAAACGGGGAGAGGAACAACAGAGGAUAUGGAACCUAAAUAAUGUCCUUGUGUGGGCAAGCCCUUCAAAUGGACAGACUCUCAACAUGGGCAAACUAACCCAGCUCAGGUGACUCGUACUCAUACUCAUUAGACCUAAUUUGUUUUCAAUUUAAGUCUGCAGACAGCCGUGGUAUGCUUUGUGUCGAGUAUGUUAUCUUCAGCACCUAAAUGUUUUCGACGACCGAGUUCCUCUGCAUUCUAAUACAUAUGCUUUUGCCUAGAAUUUUGAAUAAUUAUCAUAAGGAAAAUUUACAUAAAUUUUCCAGGAUGGAUACUGUACAACGAAUUCUAAUUCAAUUAAAUCCACCACUAUUGCUUGAAACAGAUGUUGAAGGUCUCUUUAGAUUUUUUAAUCCAAGCUUAAGGUUAGCAUCAAGUUGAGCAGUAAGAGAUUCAUAUCUUUCAGAAGCUUCAUGCUUCCAAGCAGCUAGCUGUGCCCUUAGACGACGGUGGGAAGCCUCAGCAGCUGUAGUGCGUGCUGUUAACAGUGACCUCUCUUCAGCACCUAAACGUUUUCGACGACCGAGUUCUUCUCUGCAUUCUAAUACAUAUGCUUUUGCCUAGAAUUUGGAAUAAUUACCUUUAAUAAUGUUAAAAUAUGAAAAUGGUAAUUUUUUCUGAGCACUGUUAAGGUUAAAAGUUGCCUUUUUUUAUAAUCAUUACUUACACACUAGAAUUUAACACUUCACAAACCUGGUCAAGUCUGUCUUGAAGUAAAUUUGCCCUUAAUGCUAAUCUGUCUCUCAAGUCUUGUAAGCAUCUUUCUCUGACCAUAUCUGGUCCCAUGUCCACAUCAUCCCCCUGAAAAGUAAAACUUCUAACCUUAAUCAUAUUAAAGGAGAAAGAUGUGCAGAUAUUUUGAAUUACAAAACAUGUAUACAUACUUUUUUUUAUCUAUGAGAACCACUUCUGCAACUUUAAUAUAAUACAGUAGUCUUGUUCAAUCAGUCUCCCUUUGUAUCAUGAAUCACAGAUCUGAUAAUAAUAAUUAGUCAAAUAAACCAUGCCAAAAUACCAUAAAAUAACCAAAACAUUCUUUGUGCAAAGAAAACUCCAACCAAAAAUAAAAAUGGGGUACUGUGUAAUGAAGCUCAAACUUUUUUGUGCAUUAAUACUAUUUAAAAAUGGUGUACUGAGGAAAAAGUGGAGUUGUGGGAAACAAGAAUUUCCCUGUACUUAUAUAAUCCAAAGGGAAGGGGGUCAAGAGUAUCUUCCAAACCCAAAGGGAAGGGGGUCAAGAGUAUUUUCCAAACCCACCUGGUAACAAGAAACUGGUGCAAAAUAAAUUUUAGAAUUGACCUUCCCCAUGAACUUGUGAUAAUGCUUUGAAACUUCCAGGCUGGCAUCCCAGUGGAGAGAUUCCUACCAAUGGCAAUGCAAACUCUAGGCUAUGUGACUUAUUCUAAGUAGAACUAUACUUUACAUCAAAGACUGUUAAGUUCAGUGAUAAUUUUAAUUCCAUCCAAAUAUUCUCUUCAAUUCAGCAAAUUAUUAAAAUAGUAAAAUUAAAUUGUUCUAAGCAGUGUACCAAAAAUUUCAGAAGAAAUUGGAUGAUAAUGCUCAAGGUGAGAACACUUGACUGUUAAUGAAAGUCCCCUGUUGAAAUAUGCAAUAAAGCAUAUAUGAAAGAUGGCCAUACAGGAUUCAUAUGGGUGAAGGGGUAAAUCAUGACAAUACCAAUCAUACGGGAACAAAAACCAUCUCUUGAAACCAUUUUUCUGGGAGAGCCCAGAAGGCUGGUAACAUCCAAAUAGGAAAACAGCAGUGCUUAUUGGUUGUAAUACAGGCGGUCCCCGGGUUACGACGGUUCCGGCUUACGACGUUCCGAGGUUACGACGCUUUUUCUUAAAUAUUCAAUGGAAAAAUCCGUCCUGGGUUACGACGCUUGUUCCGAGGUUACGACGCUGACGCUUCCGACGCUCCGAGUUAACGACGCUUUUAAAAAACGCAUACUAUGAUAAAAAUCCUUUAUAGUUUAGCACAGUAUAUUAAUUAAAAUAAGUUUCUGGUUAGAUUACAACAAAAAUUUUGAGAUUAUGAUGAUUUUCGACACUUUUUAUGUUGUAUUUUUCUAUGUUUUUUAGUGACGCCUCAUAUGCGGAACUAGUUUCCGAGCGAAUGAAUACAUACUAGUUUACAUAUAACAGUCCAAAAGCGCAAAUAAUGAAAAAAUCAUUGCUUGUUUCCAGUAAUAAUAACAAAACGAAGUUUCUGGUUAGAUUACA